AUGGUUCGUUUGCCUUUUAAAGAGACUAAUUUUAAUGGCGAAGGUUUAGGACAUUCAAGAUCCAGUGUUGUGGCCCAGUUCUAUAGGAACGAAGCUCGACUCAUGUGUACUCCCGAUUUAAAGAAGGAAUAUGAUCGAGUCGUUCGGGAAUACUGUGAUCUAGGCCAUAUGCGCUGUAUUCCCCAUUCCAACGUUUCAUCCGGUCCUAGUUAUUAUUUACCUCACCAUGCCGUCAUCAAACCUGAGAGCGUAUCUACAAAGGUUCGGGUAGUAUUUAAUGCCUCCUCUCCUACUUCCACCGGGUUAAGUCUCAAUGAUAUUCUUCAUACGGCGUUUCAUCGCUUUGUUUCACGCAGAGGUUGUCCGUUGCAUUUGUAUUCCGACAAUGGGUCAACAUUCGUAGGGGCUUCGAAGAUCUUAGCCCGAAACUUCUUGCAAGCCUCUCGUGACGGAGUCACAGCCUAUUAUGCUCUACAAGGACUAACUUGGCAUUUUAUACCUCCGGGUGCUCCCCAUAUGGGUGGAUUGUGGGAAGCCGGAGUUAAGAGCUUCAAGGCUCACUUCCGUAAGUUCGCAGGUUCAAUGAAGUUUACAUUCGAAGAAUUUUCCACUUUGUUGUCCCGCAUAGAAGCUUGGCUUAAUUCCAGGCCAUUGUCACCAAUUUCGCAGGAUCCUUUUGACUUUGCUGCCUUAACUCCCGGGCAUUUCUUUAUUGGGACUCCUAUUCUGGUUCCCGUCGAUCCUCAAAUUGAUACUUCUUCCACUUCCAUUCUCAAUCGUUGGGAAAAACUGAAGGCAAUUCACCAAACGUUCUGUUCACGAUGGAAAAACGAAUACUUGCGUGAGCUUCAGAAACGCAAUAAAUGGCAAACUUCUGAACCUAACGUCACCGUCGAUUCGUUAGUAGCCGUCAUCGAUGACAAUCUUCCACCGAACGCGUGGCGUCUAGGGCGCAUUUCGAAAGUAUAUCUGGGUUCAGACGAACGUGUACGAGUCGCGGAUAUAGUUACCCAACAGGGAACUAUCACCCGACCAGUCACGAAACUCGUCGUAUUAUCCUCCCAAAACUAA